CCACAGUUCUAAAAACGUAACAAAAACUGAAUGCUGCUAUACUGACUUCUGCAACAACAUAACUCUUCGCCUGCCCGUAGGUUUGCCACCUGUAACAUCCAAACUCUCAAGAAAACAGGGUUGAAAGUAAAGAAAAAGAGAACAAUCGCAGAGAUUUUUAGGAAGUUUGCUUCUGAAAAGAAUGGUGCUCUAGAAUGGAGGGUAUUGUGAAAAAAAGAAGAAAGAAAAGCAAAGAGUUGAAAUGACAAGGAGGGGGAUGCAUUGCAGUAAUGAAGUUACGGUAGGAGAAGGGAUUGAUGUGAACUGGCAGAGGAUCGUGUGAUGAUGAAAUAAAAUGACUGACCAGCAGAAAUAGAUUUGGGCAUAUAAUGGAAGCUCACAGACAGAGGCAGGAGACACAGUUGAACAGUAUGUCCCAUCAGAAGUAUUGCUUGCUCUCUAACUACCUAUUGGCAUGCAAGUGCAGCAUGCACGAAAUCUACAGGUGCUUAAGAACACUUGCUACCAAGAGCAAGUGUUUUCCAGUCAGACUGCUUGUCACUGCUUCUUGCAGGCAGGGAAAAUUGCUCCAUCUGAGAACCAAGCUGCUUCAUUUUGUGAGUACUGAGUUGGAAUUUUGUAUGCCAGUCUUCAAAGAUCCCAAAUUGGAAAGACCACCCUCUGAAUCUUUCUCCUGGCAUGGUUGUUGCUGUUCAAAACUUCCAGGAUACUUUCCUUUUGAUACUGUUUGCACUAGAACCAAUACAGUUCUAUAUUUUGCUCCUUUCAUAUCACAUUAUUUUUCAGCAUUUGGUGGAAAGAAUUGAUAAUUAUGAAGCAUGAAGUGUUAGGGAAUGAGUUUUUUUUCAAGGUUUUGUUUUCAGCUGGAAUAGUAAGAGUUUGCUGAGAAAUUUAUACCCAGACUAAGUGUGGAAAGGGCACUGUACCCACCGUUCUAAAGCACGUGAGCUUCAGAAUCUCCAAGCAGACCAAACGUAGGACCUGUGGUACUGGCAGUGAUGGUUACUGUACCAGUCUGCAUCUUGUCUCUUGUUGUAAUGCUGACUAUAUGCAGCUGUCAAAACCGUCACUGUGCAUACAGACAGAAGAAGCAGCCAAACAUUGAAGAACCUCUAUCUGAAUGCAAUCUAGUGAACUCUGGGAAAACCCUUAAAGAUCUUAUUUAUGAUAUGACGACAUCUGGGUCUGGAUCUGGUUUACCUCUACUUGUACAAAGAACAAUUGCAAGGACUAUUGUUCUUCAGGAAAUAGUAGGAAAAGGCCGAUUUGGUGAAGUCUGGCGUGGAAAGUGGUGUGGAGAAGAUGUAGCUGUGAAGAUCUUCUCCUCAAGAGAUGAAAGGUCUUGGUUUCGGGAGGCAGAAAUUUAUCAGACGGUUAUGCUGAGACAUGAAAAUAUCCUGGGUUUUAUUGCUGCAGAUAACAAGGAUAAUGGAACUUGGACUCAGCUCUGGCUUGUCUCUGAAUAUCAUGAGCAAGGCUCCUUGUUUGAUUAUUUGAACAGAAACACUGUGACAGUUGAUGGUAUGAUUAAACUGGCACUUUCAAUAGCCAGUGGCUUAGCACAUCUUCAUAUGGAGAUAGUUGGCACACAAGGCAAACCAGCUAUUGCACACAGAGAUCUGAAAUCUAAAAACAUCUUAGUGAAGAGAAAUGAAACCUGUGCUAUUGCAGACUUGGGACUGGCUGUGAAACAUGAUUCUGUAUUAAAUACAAUUGACAUACCUCAGAAUCCUAGAGUGGGAACAAAGAGGUAUAUGGCUCCUGAGAUACUGGAUGAUGUGAUGAACAUGAACAUCUUUGAGUCGUUCAAACGAGCAGACAUAUACUCUCUUGGUCUAGUAUACUGGGAGAUAGCAAGAAGAUGUUCAAUUGGAGGAAUCACUGAGGAAUACCAGAUGCCUUAUUAUGACGUUGUGCCUUCUGAUCCUUCGAUAGAAGAUAUGAGAAGGGUAGUUUGUGAGCAGAAGCUGAGACCAAAUAUUCCAAACCAGUGGCAAAGUUGUGAGGCACUCCGAGUAAUGGGCAGGAUAAUGCGUGAAUGCUGGUAUGCUAAUGGAGCAGCUCGGUUGACUGCACUUCGUAUUAAGAAGACCAUUUCACAGCUCUGUGUGCAGGAAGAUUCCAAAGCCUAAUAAAUCUCUUUGGAAGAAGAGGAAGGAAUGAAUUCUUCUGUUCAUCUUUUAACAUGUGUUGUUGUUUUUAUUUCUGGUCUACCUCACGUAAUGUGGUUCAGUAUUUACGUGCCCAAACCAGAGCACUGACAUCAAGCGUCAUAGCUGACCACUGAAAGGGAAAGCUUUUGACUUGUAGUUGGUUUUAUACAGCAAGUCACUGACUCGCCUUGGUUUUCUAAAGAAAAAUAGACACUAGGCAUAGAGCAGAAAGGAGCUUGAAACACCACUACAGUCUCCAAAUAGCUUUUGCUAUUCUUGUGCUUUUUAUCCUAGUCAACCCCCAAAUAUAUUGCAAAUAGUCUGAACUGUUUCAAGCCUGUUUACAAAAGAAAUCACACAUUUUAUCCUCGAGCCAGGUAAAAGACCAAAUUUAAUCGAGCUUUUUAUGUAUUUUUACAUGGAAAUCUGAAAAAGUGUCUGUCAGUAAAAUGCAUUUUUAAAUACUAUAUUUAUCAUUACCUAAGCAAAUAAAUAAGAUGAAAAUUCCACUAAGCAUAUAUACUGUGAACAAAAGCAUCUAGUUUGUUUUUUUUAUUAGCUUUUAUUCUUAUCGUCCUGAUUUCUGUAUAAGAUGUUAUAGUUAGGAUUUGCAGUUAUUUUGUUUUGUUCAUCUGAGCUGAACAUAUCAGUUAAGGACCGGUUUUUCUUUUAACCAGUUAAUAGGAAAAAUAACACAUGUAGUACUUUUCUGAUACAUACAUAGGGAUGGAAUGCGAGAAAGUCUACAAAAACUAAAAGUAUGUUUUUUUAAAUAACAUUUUGCCAGUCUGUCACUGAUAAUAUUUCUUUAGUACCUUUUGAUGUUUUAGUACAAAGCUUUAAUAAAAUUAAUUCCUGGAAAACAGUUUAAAAAAGCCAGGCCAAAAAACUAAUUUCUCACUCUCCCCUUUCGUCUCCUUUCCCCAGCACACAAUCUUUUGGUAAAAUGAACCUAGGAAGAAAGAUUCAUUUCUCGUCACAGCUGUGUUACAGAUCAGUCCAGCCGAUUGUUUCAGAGUGCUUGGGGAAAGCCCACAAGAUCUAGACCUGUGCAGGAAUAGUGGCUGUAGCGCUCAGGACUGGCAGAGCUGGUGCUCAAGGCCCCUUAUGCUGGAGCAAUGCCUAUGACUUCAGAUUAAUUUGCUUUCUACCGUCCUGGUUCUUGGCACUUAACAUUUUAAGAGUACUUCCAUGGUGGAUUGGAUCACCAUUUGUUAUUGUCUGUCGUAGAUUAUGGACCUGACAAACUAGUUGGGGGGGAAAAAAAAAAAA